UCUUCCUUUUCCACCUCCUCUAACUUCAUUCUCCUUCACCAAACAUCCCCAAGCACACACCAUUAUAUGCAUCAUGGAACAACCCUGCCCUGCUGACCAUGUUCUUAAUCUUGAUAAAGUUCCUUACUAUCAAUCCACUUCGGAAGGAAAAGAAGAUGGGUCGGUUGGGAAAGAAGUGGAAGAUUUGAAACAAAGAGUUGAGAGAAAUGAGUCGGUGUCAAAGGCUCUGGAAUCUCUCAUUUCAAUGAAGGAUUGCUUAUCUAGAGUAAUAGAGGGGUUAGAGGGAGAAAAGGAUGAAAAUUAUGUCACAUUAGAAGGUGAUGGGGAGAGGGUUUCUGUGGAAUCAGAGGAAUCGGUGCUGUUGGAAGAGGCAAGGUUGACCUCAAGACUUGCAGUUGAGGUGGAAACAAGAGUGAGUAAGUAUAAGGAGAUGAGGAUGAAGGAGAAGAGAGAAUUGGAGAGUAGUUUGAUCAGUUUAACUGAGGAGAAUAGGGAUAUUAAUAACUUGCUUAGGGUUUCUUUGUUGGAGAAAGAAGCAUUGGAGAAGAGAAUCAAGGGACACGACCAUAAAAGGAUGCCCCUUUUGCAGUUUGCUGAGUUUGGAUUGCAGAAAGUUGGGUUUGGGUUCAUGAUGGGAGGUGGUAAUAAUGAGCAGCUAACAGAAGGUUCUGAAGCUAGCAAAUCAGAUAGUAGUGAGUGUGAAGAGGAAGUUGUUAGUCUGGGGGUGAAACUUUUCGUAGAUGAUAGUUGUAGUCUGCAUUUUGCAAAAGGUUAUCCUGCUCUGAGUUUAUGGUAUUUUUCCAAGGCCUCAACAGUGGAAAGGAUAAUGAAGAAUCUUCGUCUAGAAAUCACUCAAUUGAGGAGAGCUUUGGAAGAGUCUAGGUCAGACACAGAGCGCCUCCAGUGUCUCACAGAGAAACAAGCCAAGGAAAUUGUAGAAAAUAAACAUUACAUUAAGGAGUUAGAAGAUAGAGAGAGAAUCUUGACUCAAAAUGUAGAGGAGUUUAUGAUGGAAAUUAAAGAAGGGGAAGAAGAAGUAGCUAGAUGGAAGGAAGCUUGUGAACUGGAAGUUAAAGCUGGAAAGAAUGAGAUUGAAGAGCGUGACAAAUUGGUGACUGCAUUGCAACAAGAACUGCAGAAAACUAAGGCUGCUUUGGACAUAUCCAAUGGAAAGUUAAGGCUUAAGGAGGAACUUGCAAGCACUGCAAUAGCUGCAUAUGAAGCAGCAGAGAGGUCUCUGCAGCUAGCUGAUAGUGGAGCAGUUGAACUUCGUAAGCGGGUUGAGGAAUUAACCAGACAACUAGAGGAAGCAGAGAAACGUGCACGGAGUAGCCAUAAAGUGAGAAGACGGAUAUGUUGGCCAUGGCAGGUUUUUAAGUUGAGCUCUGGCAAUAUUGGAAACUCUAGAGUUGGAAAUGCAAAAAGGAUGCUCCCUGAAAUGCAAGCCUUGCUUCACUGAAAUAUAUGUAACUGAGUUGGUUCAUCUCAAACUCUGAUCUUUCUAUGUAAAUCUCCUAUUUUUUGGAUCUCAUACAUGUAUUCUCCACUGAGAUAAUCUUAUUUGAGCCGGUAACAUUUACAUAUUGGUGGGGCUAGCUCUUCAUGUGAGAAUUUUUAUGUAAAUUUGCUAUUGAUCUUGUAAAAGUGGGAUAUUUUAUUGUUGAAGUA